UGAGAACAGACUUCUAACGGGCGGAGGAGAGCGAUGGCAGCACCGCUGUGCGUGCUACCAGAGAGCUGAUUUCUAUUGUUGGGAUUGCAAAGCGCAAAGCGCGCACCGUACACGUGAAGCGCAGCGCCUGGGAGAAACGAGGCGGAGUGAAGAGACACGACCCUGUAGUUACAUUUCCCAGCUCGUCUUCCAUUUCUCUUCCAGCCUGGACUUAUUUCUGAAAAGCAAAACAAAUAAUAAUAAUAAAAUACAGAUCAGAGUGAAGAAACGGGAUUACUCCGAGGGAUCUCGAGCGAUCUGGCGAUGAAGAAGAACAAUUCGGCGAAGCGGGCUUUGCAGGACUCCAGCCAGCAGCCUGCUCAACCAGACAAAGUGGGAUGGAUUCGCAAGUAUUGUGGCAAAGGCCUUUUCAGGGAGAUCUGGAAAAACAGAUAUGUGGUGCUGAAAGGAGACAAGCUGUACAUCUCAGAGAAAGAGGUGAAGGAUGAGAAGAAAUUUCAGGAGGUGGUGGACCUUACAGACUAUGAGAGGUCUGAGGAGCUUCGCAAGGCCAAGAGUCGGACCAAGAAAAAUCACAGCAAGUUUACGCUGCUGUGCGCCCGCCAACCAGGCAAUACGGUUCCAAAUCUGGUCUUCCUGGCUGUCAGUCCAGAGGAAAAAGAGUCAUGGAUCAAUGCCUUAAACAUAGCCAUCACCAGGGGCAAGAACCGCAUUCUGGACGAGAGCCAACAUGCUACUUGCACUUCUCAUACACUCAUCAGGAGAGGAAAGGCUGGAGAGGAUGGAGUCAGCACACAAAGCCAGGUUACAGUGGAAGGUGAAAGCUGUUUGGUUCAUCCCACGCGAGACCGAGCUAAAAUCCCACACACACGCCGACUUCCCACCCGUGGGCACCUUUUGACUGUGGCCUCACCAUCUACAUCAGAUGGUAUGCUGACACUUGACCUCAUUCAAGAAGAAGAUACGCCAUCUCCUGAGGCACACGACCAGAACAAAUCUGCAAACUCCAGGGUAGACACCUGUAAACUUCAGCCUGACUGUGAAUCUACAGUCAAAUCUCAGAGCCUACCACGUAAAAGUGAGAGCUCUUGGACCUGGUGCGAGAGCCAAGCACAAACGCCCAGGGCUGGAAAGAAUUUCCGAACGACGGACAAGAACCGCUGCGCCUCCAUGGAUGAGAUCCUCUCUCACCCAGACACUAAGAGAUCAAUCCCCCACUGCUCAGCCUCAGCCCCCGCACACUCCAUCAGCCAGCUACAGGAGCUCAUCUUGUUAAAACUGGAGAGAACUCAAGAGCUGUUGUGUGAGGCACGGGGUCACAGCCAGGGUCGCGGUGCAGAUUCUGUCCCUGGCAAGGAGUUGGAACGCCUGCUGGAGGAGGCAGCAAGUGCCUGGGGACAGUCUAGAGACGUGCUGGAGGAGGUGAAGGAAAUCAGAGUACUGUGCAGGCAACUGGAGGAGCUCUCCUACCCCAGUGACAAGCUGAAGAGCCCAAAACAAAAUCAAUACAGAAAAAGCAUGAUGUGAAGAUGUGGACAAGGUGAUGCAAUGAGGCCUGGUGAUGCAGCUAAUGGACUUCAAAAUGUAUAAAAAAUGGACUGUGAGACUGAUCAAUAUCCGAUUUGGACAUAAAUGCCUAUAAUUUGUCAGGCUACACACCUUCAACAGCUUGUCCCAGCUUGUCAGAAGCUUUGUAAAGUCUUCUUAAAUGUUAGAGUGUUUAAAGACACAUUUACUGUACUGUCUUCUGCUACCUUCUACAUUGGUUUUUAUAUUACCAAACCUUCAGCAAUCUCACCCAGGAACAUCUGAAGGAAUGACACUUAUAGCACAUAACAGAAAUCACUGAGAGACCUUAUUUAUUUUUGCAGAAAUGGAUUGGUUGUGAUGCCACACUAUGCUGGAACUUCCUCAAAGGACUCUCACAACUGAUUUCUUACUAAUUGACAUUACAUGACAGUUAGCAUGUGUGUAAAUGCUUAAACUGUACAUGCAGACUUUAGUCCUGUUUUACAGCUGAUACUAUGUGGAAGGUUGUCCAAAGCCAGAAACAAGAAAUUUGCCAUAAUCCAGUAAUUGAUGAUGUUACAGAAAAUGCAUGUUGUAGCCAUUGUGAAAUUCUGUCUGCUUUACAAAAUCCUGAUUUGUUCCCCUUCCCUCGGUGGUCCCUUCUGGAGCCAAUAAUAUAUACUCCCUGGCCACUUUCAUAGGGACACAUAAGCACAUGCUCAGCCUAUCAUGUGGCAGCAGUGCAAUGCAUAAAAGCAUGUAGAUUCAGGUCAAGAGCUUCAGUCAAUGUACACAUCAAAUAUUAGAAUGGGGAAAAAUAUGAUCUCAGUGACUUUGAUUUUAACAUAGUUUUUGGUGCCAGAAGGGCUGGUUUGAGUAUAUCAGAAACUGUUGAUGUCCUGGGAUUUUCAUGCAACAGUCUUUAGUGUUUACACAGAAUAGUGCGAAAAAAAAGUGGUUCUUGGGCAGAAAUACCUUGUUGAUGAGAAUGGCCAGAUUGGUUCGAGUUGACCGGAAGACUACGGUAACUCAAAUAAGCACUCUUUACAACUGUGGUAAGCAGAAAACCAUUUCAGAAUGCAUAACAUAAUAAACCAGAUGGGCUACAAAUGCAGAAGACCACUGCUGGACAGGUGACGACUGGAAAAAGACCAGGUGAUUUUUUUCCAAUCUUCAGCUUUCCAGUUUCCAGUUUUGUAGGCUCAGAUUCCUGUUCUUGGCUAACAGAUGUUGUAGCCCAUUCUAGAGACUGCUGUGUGUGAAAACCCCAAGAGAUCAGCAACAACAGCUAUAACAGUGGUAAAGUCACUGAGAUCACACAAUUGCAUAAAAUGAGCAGGGGUACAGAUGUUUUUUUUUGUUUUUUUUUUUACUUUUUUUUUUUUUAACAUUUUUUUAUAAUCAAAGUGGCUGGUGAGUUUAUAUUGGUCUAUAAUAUAAGGAUUAGGCAGACAGAAAUUUGCUGCUGCUCUGUUAUGUUGGUUUUUUGCUGCACUGAAAACCAAUAUAGCAUAGGUCAGGGUAUUUUGGAGUGUUAGCUCUAACUCUGCUGUCAGGGAGCCCUUUAUGAAGCGGAUUAAUAUGGAGGAGCAAAGCAUCCCAGGCUGUGGAGCUACUGAGAAAACCACGGGCAUCACCAACCUGCCACAAUGUGAAUGUUUUAUUUUUCUAUGUAAUACACUGGAACAGCUCUGGUUCAUUGAGGAUGGAAGUCUCCAAGGCUCUGGACUUUAUGGGGCUGUACGAGUCUUUGCUGCUUCUGUGACGUUUUCCUAAUAAUGCUCAGCACACAUGGUCUAUUAUAUACGUACAAGACGUCAGUAUAUACACAAAUGCAGCCAAUAUCAGUGGUGGCCAUUGUGAAGAGGCUUACUGCAUCUGUGCAGAAGAAAGCUGAACUUUCUUUGAAAGUAGGUGGACUCAAACUCAAAAAAGCCAUGCGUAGAUAUACGGUCAGGAAUACAGAUAAAAUCUGGUGCCAGUGUUGCUGUAGGUUUUGGAAGGAGGAAGAGACAGAACUGCCAUUAGAUCUGGGAUGCAAUGUUUGUGGAGGCUUGAAAGCUUAAAGGAAAUGGAUAAUAAUCUAAAAUUUGCACUAUUGAAUGCUGUAAAAACUGAAGUGAAACUGGCAAGCUGUCUUUUUUUUUUUUUUAACCCCCUAAGGCGCUAAGCAGACAAUCUAACAGUAGCUAGCUCACAGUCAGUUACCUAAAAUGUUGGUACAAGGAUACAAUGAUUUACAAAAAAAAAAUAAGAUUCAAAUGCUGCCUUAGUGUACUUUCCCAAGGGCACAUGCAAUUUGCAUGUCAGUUUCAAAGAUGUUUGCGUUAUCCAUGAAUGAAAUUUUACCUUUAAGUUGCCUAAACCGAUAGAGGUGAGACGUGUAGUGGCACAGAGGCCUUUACAUUAGACCUAAUUUGCUUAAGUAAAACUCAGCAGAUAGAAAACUAUGCAAUAUUGCAUACAAGCCUGAAAUAAUCAGGCAUCAAGACUUACUGAUGAUGUAAAAUGUGGUACUGUUACAGACCAAAGGGUCUUGUUUUACAAUUAAUAGCUCAUUAAUGUGUUUGCACAAUUCUGUAGGUAUGAUUUAAAUCUGUUUUGUCAUUUAGACCUGAUUACAGUGUUAUUUUUCUACAUUUUAUUGUAAAAUGCAUUUUUGUAGAGUCAGUAAAAUAUUCUACAAAGGGAUUCCCCCCCCAAAAAAGAUUGACUUGUAUAAUGCUUACCUGGACAAAAAGCUCAAAUCACAUCUGUCUGAAUCUGAGGCACUAUGAUGUGUUGUGGAAAACCUUUUAGCAUUUAACAAUAACAAAGCACAGUAUGUUUUAAGGCAUUUUUGUCUUUGUAAUAGAUACAGAACUAAUCCAAUUUCCUUU